GGCAGGAGGUUGUUCGCUUCCAAACGAGUCGCCGAAGAGACGUCGGACUGCAAGGUUCUCGCAUCGCUACCAUCCCCGCUCGUUCUUGAGAUAAAUCUACGCUUUCUGAUCCCAAUUGAGAUCAACAUGAAGCAUAACGUGAAGUCCCUGCUACUGUUACUUCUAGUGGCAUCUGCCUGUGCCAGUCCUAUUCCCCAAGGGUCGGUCGCCUCGUCGAAGCCAAAAGAGUCUUCGGUCUCAGCUACUGUCGUUGGGCGGAAUAAUGCCAUCAAAAAUGAAGUGGUAGUUGAAAAAGUCAAUGCGACAACACAGGGUAACAAUGAAAAAGCUGAACCUGUAACAAAACUAGAGACAAAAGCCGAAGUUUCACAAACCAAAAAACCUGAGGUUCAGAAACCACAAGCUACUGAAGAUCCCAAAAUAGUCGCGGUUGCCGAAGACGUUCCAAGUGCAGGCGCUGAAAUUCCACCAACUGAAAUUGCUGACAAAGUAUCUGUGGAGCAGAGUAAUGUGGAUGAAGACACUACAUCUGCCCCUACUGAAAAUGACAUCCCGAUUCGCAAAGAAUCAACCGAUGCCAAGAAAAAUGAAACCAGUGAUCCUGUAAUCAAAAUUCUGGCUGACGCUUUAGUAGCUAAGAAGGAAUCGCAAAAAGUUAAAGACCAAGAAGUAAAUUUUCCUGAUCAAGAAGUGACUGAAAAUACUCCAGUUGAUAGAGAAGAAGCUGUUACAGAGAUUUUUGAUCUCAGAGAUGAAGAUGUAACAGAUAAACCAAUCGAAGAGGCAGUGGAAGAAAAAAUUUCCAGUCACACUCUUUUCAGAAGCGAGUCCGUUGACGAUGAAUCAGAUACUACAACUCCCUCCCCAGAAACCAACCCCAAAUCAGCCUCGGAAAAAGAAGUUGCAGUUGAUGAGAUUGAGACAACAACUCUACAGCCUGAGGGAGAAAAAGAGAUUGAAACUGCGGCAAGUGGAACACAGGGAGUGAGAAUUAAUUCAAAAAAUUUCGACAAAUCCGAGUUACAGAUCGAUCAGGAACAAGACGCGACAACAAUCAUCCCAGAAGUCCUCCGAGACGAGUCAGAUGAUGGAGUGACAGAUAUUCCUGUUGAGGAAGAAGCCAAUGAAGAAGAUGUGAGCUUCAAAUUCGCUGCCCCAAUUGAAAUAGUUGAGGUCAGCGACUCUGGUGCAUCAGAUCUCGUAUUUAAAGAUAGUGCACCUAUUGAGAUAGUCGAAAUAACUGAAACCCCCGAACCUGUAGAGUCAGGGAUCGUUCCUGAAAAAAGUGCCGAUGUUAAGUCGGCAUCAGAUGCGGAGGUAUCCGAAACCACUGAGGCUCAACCCCAAGUCAUUGAAAAGGUGGCACUAGAGGAUAAAUCAAAAGUUGAAUCAAGUUCAGAUACAGAGGAAGAAGCUACCAUUGAAGUUUCGAAAGUCUUGGGAGCCGACGUAAUCCAAGAAAAUUCUCAAGAUGAAGACAAAUUGGGAUCCAAGGUACAACCUCAGGAGGAAGAGAAACCGAUUGCAUCCAAAACUCAGCCUGCCAGCGAUGGCGACUACUGGGCUCGAAUGAGAGACACUCCAAGCUCUGGAAUAAAUUCGUCGGAGCCCUCCACUGCUGUUGCGUCAGAAGAACCUACGAUCCCAGAGGCUGAAGCCACGACUCAGCGGUCACCAGACGAUAACUCUCAGGAUGCUGUCGAAAGAGACCAAACCGUCGAGAAAGAGACAUCAUCUACUGUUGUAGAAGAUGGGGUAAAGGACGAAAUUGUUAAAGAUGAGGCUAAAAUUGAAGCCGGGAAUGAUAGUAUCAAGAAAGUUGAGGACGAGCUUGAAAAAAUCGUUAAAGGAGUAGCGAAAGCUGAUACUGUUGUUACUGUCAAAGAUGUUGGAGAAAAAGAGAUCGUAAAAGAAGAUGCCAAAAAAACCGAAGAGAUCAUAAAAGAAGCAGAGAAAAAACCCGAAGAGAUCAUAAAAGAAGCAGAGAAAAAACCCGAAGAGGCCGUAAAAGAAGCAGAGAAAAAAUCCGAUGAGGCUGUAAAAGAAGCAGAGAAAAAACCCGGAGAACCCGGUAAAGAAGCUGAGAAAAAACCCGAAGAGGCCGGAAAAGAAGCAGAGAAAAAACCCGAAGAGGCCGUAGAAGAAGCAGAGAAGAAACCCGAAGAAGUCAAGGAGUCCCCUAAUGAAAAUCAAAAGGUCGUAGCUGUAAAUUCACAAAGAUCGCAAACUGAUCCUCUACAAGAAGGAAACCAGGUCCAGUUCCAGGAGGACAACAGCCUGCAGAGGAGGCUCGUGUGAUCUUCCGGAUCUGCCUGCAAAUGAUCUGCCGUAUCUGCCAGCAAUAUGUGAACGGUGAUCGUGAAUUAUUUAAUGCUAGUUUGAUUGGAAGUUACUUCUGCCAUUGACAAUAUUACUUUAUAGUCUUAUGAGCUUUUGUUCGAUGAGGAUCGACCGUAUAAAGUGAGACAUCAUCAGUUCAAUUGGCUGGAAUUGAUGUAACAUAAGAUUUUCCCGUAUAUUACAGGAAAGUGCUAUAGAUAAUCUGUUCAUGUUCGAAGCUGGUGAAAUUGAGCUUUAUUUUGAUAAUUCAUUGGAAAAUUCAAACCGAAACAAACGUACAUUCCAAAUCAAAAUAUCUUAUUUAAAUUCUGCGAAAAUUCAAGGUUCUAAUAUUACAUGCCCGGAUCAACUUCGUGAUAAAACUAUCGAAAAUUUUUCACUAAAAUAAAACCGGAGAACUUUUUAAAGAGAAAGAAUUAAAUUUCAACUUUCAUGAGGUAUAAAUUCUCGACAUUAAGCCAUACUGUCGAUUUUACUCAAUUUUAGGUUUGAAGUUUUUUGUUAACUAAUUUAUGGAUAUUGAGAUUUUGAAUGCAGUCAAAGCGGAACUUGUUGCGUAUGACCACUAAUCAAGUUGGAUACCUUGUAUUUCAUUUAUUUACAAGAACUGCUAGAAAUUUAUGUUUCAUACAGAAAUCUUGACAGAUAUGAUGAUGAUUACGGAUAUAUUUCAUCUUGAAAUAAAUGUGGUUAUUUCGUUAAAGAUGAACGUUGAAAACUUGCAUUAUAAUUCCUCAAAAUAUCAAGUUUGUUGCAAAUCAUUGACACCACUUUAUACCUUACUCUAUAUUCAUGUUUCACCACCAAAAUAGAGUGAAAAUAAUAAUUCUGUGCAUGCGCUUUCAUUCAUUUCAAUACAUCUUAUCGCUAAAUUGUAGACAUGAUUUAGAAUUAUAUUGAAGCUUAUGAUUUAGUAACUUAGAAGUGCCAAAUCAAUUUCCAAAUUUGUUAUAUUUCAGAUCUGCGUCAGUGUCUAUGCUCUCAUCUGUCAAUAUCCCUGUCCUAUAGCUUGAGAGGUUGUGUCAGAGAAAACCUUCGCUUCUUUCACUAUUGUAAAGAAGGAAAGAAACGGCUACCAACAUGCCACAUUCUCAUCAACAGAAUUGUGUAGGUAUUAUGUAUACAAUAGUGCUAUGUUACCGUGCACUAUUGCUGCAAUUGUGUUAUAGAAUAGUGCACUGUUGCUGCAUUGCCUUGAAUUUCACGCAUACUAAAUUAACUUUGAAUAAUUGAUCGGUUUAGAAGUGUUACGUUAAUUGAUCGUUUCUUUAAUUGAUCGUUUCGUUAAUUGAUCGUUUCGUUAAUUGAUAAUUGAUCUUGUUUUUUCCUAUGAUUAAUAUCGUAGUUCGUAGUUUGUUGGAGCAUUUUCUUCGUGUGUAUUCGAACGUGCUCAUUUUUCGGGCAUUUAAUUAUUCUCAAAAUUUAUUUAUUUACUCAAUACAAUAUUCUUGAAAUACAUGAGAGAAAAUGUGAA